CGGAGCCGCUGGUUGGUCAGCUGUCCUCAGCUCUGGAUCUUCUCCGCCUUCGCCGGCGUGUUUCAAUCUUGGCGGCUGGGCCCUAAGGAGACUGUGGGCUAUGUCACUGUUGUGUUUCAGGACCCUUUCUUGACGUCUUCUCCGCCUGGAGCAUGUGGAUCCUGGUCGGUCGGAGCUGGGGGCGCGGACUUGCCCUCGCGCCGUGGGCCUCAGGGGCUGCUCAUCGGCGCCUUCCGGGGCCCGGGUCGUGGACUGCCGACAGGUUCUACAGCUCUGCAGACCUCAAGGAAAAACUUGACAUGUCUAGGUUUCCUGUUGAAAAUAUCAGAAAUUUUAGUAUUAUUGCACAUGUGGAUCAUGGCAAAAGUACUUUAGCAGACAGACUCCUAGAACUAACAGGGACAAUUGACAAAACAAAGAAUAAUAAGCAGGUUCUUGAUAAAUUGCAAGUGGAACGAGAAAGAGGAAUCACUGUUAAAGCUCAGACAGCUUCUCUUUUUUACAGUUGGGAAGGAAAGCAAUACCUUUUAAAUCUCAUUGAUACACCGGGCCAUGUUGAUUUUAGUUAUGAAGUAUCCAGGUCACUUUCUGCUUGUCAGGGCGUUCUACUUGUGGUUGAUGCAAAUGAGGGUGUUCAAGCCCAAACUGUAGCAAACUUCUUUCUUGCCUUUGAAGCACAGCUAUCAGUAAUUCCAGUUAUAAACAAGAUAGAUUUGAAGAAUGCUGAUCCUGAAAGGGUGGAAAAACAAAUUGAAAAAGUGUUUGAUAUUCCAAGUGCUGAAUGUAUUAAGAUUUCUGCUAAACUGGGAACAAAUGUUGAAAGUGUUCUUCAGGCAGUUAUUGAAAGAAUACCCCACCCUAAUGUGCAUCGCAAAAAUCCCUUGAGAGCUUUGGUAUUUGACUCCACCUUUGAUCAAUACAGAGGUGUAAUAGCCAAUGUAGCAUUAUUUGAUGGCAUGGUUUCUAAAGGAGAUAAAGUUGUGUCUGCACAUACGAAAAAGACAUAUGAAGUUAAUGAAGUAGGAAUUUUGAAUCCCAAUGAGCAGUCAACUCAAAAACUAUAUGCAGGACAGGUGGGCUAUCUGAUUGCUGGGAUGAAAGAUGUCACUGAAGCGCAAAUAGGAGACACAUUAUAUUUACAUAAACAACCAGUGGAGCCCUUGCCGGGGUUUAAAUCAGCGAAACCAAUGGUAUUUGCAGGAAUGUACCCCUCAGACCAGUCUGAAUAUAACAACCUGAAGAGUGCUAUAGAAAAACUGACUUUAAAUGAUUCCAGUGUGACAGUUCAUCGAGAUAGUAGCCUUGCUUUAGGUGCAGGCUGGAGGUUGGGAUUUCUGGGACUUUUGCACAUGGAAGUUUUCAACCAGCGAUUAGAGCAAGAAUAUAACACGUCUGUUAUUUUGACAACACCUACUGUUCCAUACAAAGCUGUCCUUUCAUCAGCAAAACUGAUAAAGGAGUACAGGGAAAAAGAAAUUACAAUCAUCAAUCCUGCACAAUUCCCUGAUAAAUCAAAAGUAGCUGAAUAUUUGGAGCCAGUUGUUUUGGGCACUAUUAUCACACCAGAUGAAUACACUGGAAAAAUAAUGAUGCUCUGUGAGGCUCGAAGAGCAAUUCAGAAAAGCAUGAUGUUUAUUGAUCAAAAUAGAGUUAUGCUUAAAUAUCUGUUUCCUUUGAAUGAAAUUGUGGUAGAUUUUUAUGAUUCUCUGAAGUCUCUAUCUUCUGGAUAUGCUAGUUUCGAUUACGAAGACGCAGGCUACCAGACUGCAGAACUUGUUAAAAUGGACAUUCUACUGAAUGGAAAUAUUGUAGAGGAACUAGUUACUGUUGUACACAAAGACAAGGCAUACUCAGUUGGCAAAGCCAUAUGUGAACGGCUGAAGGAUUCUCUUCCUAGGCAACUGUUUGAGAUAGCAAUUCAAGCUGCUCUUGGAAGUAAAAUUAUUGCAAGGGAAACUGCUCUGAACAACUGUAUCUUCCUUAGAGUGACUGAGGCCAGGAGAAAAGCACUCAAGCUGAACCAAUCGGAAUCUCUCUCUGGAUCGACAUGGUGACCAGGAUAGGAAGGAAGAAGGCGCAGAGAGCUGCGGCCUGGAUGACAGCACUGCCCAGAAAGGCUAAUGAGUUCCUCAUCCUGAGAUUUCAAGUACUCUGCUUCUUGAUUUCCACAGACUUGAUUGUUUCAACUCUUCCUCCAGUUUUGUAGGUUACCCUAGAAGCAUUCCAAUUAAUUUACUUUUGGUUCCACUAGCCAGUUCCUGUUAUUAACAAACCAAAGAAUCCAAGCAUGCAAUCAGAUCAGAAGGUUCAAGUUUUCUCUGGUGUCUGUUUCACUUUUUAAAAACAGAAAUACGUUACAAUAUUUUUAAAGUUAAUAAUUUAUAUUUUAUUUAUAAAAUGUCAUGUUUGUAUAUCUUACUGCUGGGUGUAAGUUAAGAAUUACAUGCUGCCCCUUACUGUGCUAUCCAGACUCUUGUCAUCAAGUGGAAAAGAACUUUUGGGAGUAUAUGUUAAAUAUGUCCUUUCUCUCUAUCAAAGAAAGGGACUUCUACUCUAAUUCCCUGGAAAAGUAAUAAUAGAUUUGUGUUCUUGGGCCCUUCUUAUUCUACUAUUUCCAAUUCAGAGAGAGGAGUGGAAAACCCCAUUCUGGUUUCCAUGCCAAACUGCAAUCUCUAUUCCAACUUUACCUUUAAUAAAGCUGACACUUUGAUCCCAUUUGGCACAGUUCUUAGGGCUUUUAUUAAACAAACCCUGGAACAAAAGAAGGGCAAGUAGUAAGACCCAAACACCAAGCCUUAUCUUAAAUAAUCCAAUGAUGAUAAGCCCAGAUCAACAAAUACAAGGAUUCAACAUGAUUCUGUCACAAGUGCACACCCAACUAUAGGGCAUCCCAAACACAAUGAGCUGCUCUUCUCUCCCUGAGCACAGGAAGAAUCACCUCACUCAGAUGGCACUAGAACAAGACAGACCCUGGGUUACCACCUGACCACGGUGAGGAUUUCAAGGGAGAAAGCAAGGAAACUCUCGAAAUGAUUUUUUUGACGGGUGGAGGACAGUGCAAGGGAAAGACAACUACAAGAAGCUUAAGACAAAUUGUUAAAAAAUG